UUAAAAAAAUAUAUUUCUACACGACCAAGCUGAUGGUUUAACAUGAUGCAAGCUAUCUCAUUACAAAAAACUAUUAUAAUCACUAUCAUUCAGUUUAUCUUGGUUGUCAAAUAGAAAUCAUUAGAAUUAGUCAUAUUUUCUUUUCUCCACAACUCUGUCUCUUCAACAUGAUGAUACAAACUAAUUAACCCAACAAAUUUCUUGCCACAAAAAAAUUUGUGUUAAUGUAUCAGAACAAGAGCAUACUACUUCCUAUCAGCUUCUUCAUCGCAGUCUCUUUUAUCCUUUCUCUGAUUUCAUCCGUUAACGCCGAUCAAAAGUACGACGAAUGUGCUCCAGUAGAAUCACCAUGUGGUUUCCCACGAACAAUUGAAUAUCCCUUCUGGGAUAGUAGACUACCAGAAUAUUGUGGUCAUCCAGCCUUCAAGCUUGAAUGUGAAGAUAGUUCAUCUCGUACGAUCACCAUAAAAAAUCAGAAAUAUCGUAUUCUCAGCAUCAACUACGACACAAAGGUGGUCACUAUUGUGAAACUACAGUUCUUAAACGGCCCCUGUCCCUCGCAAAAACUCCUAGUCAAUUCCACCUUAGAUUCGAAACAUUUCAACUUCACUUCGAAUUCUCAAAAUGCAAGCCUAUACUAUGAUUGUCUUCGUGGGAUGUUCGGUAUCGAACCACCAUACGGAUUUCCUUGCUCCACGAGUGCUUAUUUGGGGCGGCAGUCGACUUCGAACAAUAACUCUCUAGUUAUUGGGUAUCUUGCACUAAAUGGAACAUGGGAAAAGGAUCUAAGGUUAUACUGCAGUUUUGAAAUCUACCUUCCUAUUCUUAAGAGUGCAGGGGACGAGCUUGUUAAUGGUGAAUCUAAUAUUGAUAAGGUGUUAAGGAAAGGUUUUGAGGUAAAAUGGAUGAUUGAUGAUGAUGAUCUAUGUGAGGAAUGUAUGAAUGCAGGGGGAAGAUGUGGAUACAAUCAAACUUUGAAUCAGACUACUUGUUUCUGCCAGGAUGGUGCUAAUAAUGGAAGUUGCGGUGGAUUAUCUCACAAGGCUUUACCUGCUCCAACAAGUGAGCCAGGGUCUAAGAAGGAUGCAGUUGCCUUAGGUGCAGGAAUUGCGGUAUGCUUGCUUCUGAGUACCACUUUGUGCUUGUUUUUAUAUCGGCGUCAUCGUAAGAGGGAUUCUUCUGAACAAUUCCUUUCUCACAAUAAGUCAUAUAGCCCAUCUUCCUCAAAAUCAGAUAUUCAUAUUUUAACGGGAAGUACAUAUUUUGGAGUCCAUGUAUUCACUUAUAGAGAGCUUGAAGUAGCCACAGAGUAUUUUAACCCCGCAAAGGAACUUGGAGAGGGAGGAUUCGGCACUGUUUAUUAUGGCAAACUUCAAGAUGGACGUGAGGUGGCAAUCAAACGCCUAUACGAAAACAACAACAGACGAGCAGAGCAAUUCCUGAAUGAGCUUGAGAUUCUAGCAAAUUUACGCCACAGAAACUUAGUGAACCUUUAUGGUUGCACUUCCCGUCAGAGUAGGGAGCUUCUUCUUGUGUACGAGUAUGUUAGAAAUGGCACCGUAGCAGACCAUCUGCAUGGUAAACAAAGUAGACUCGGCUUAUUACCAUGGUCAACAAGGCUAAGUAUCGCCACUGAAACUGCAAGCGCACUGGUUUACCUCCAUGAUUCUGACAUUAUCCAUCGUGAUGUCAAGACUCAAAAUAUCCUUCUUGAUAAUGAUUUCUCUGUCAAGGUAGCCGAUUUUGGGCUUUCCCGUCUUUUCCCCUUGGACGUUACUCACGUUUCAACAGCUCCUCAGGGCACCCCAGGCUAUGUAGACCCUGAAUAUUAUCAGUGUUACCAGCUAACAGAGAAAAGUGAUGUUUAUAGUUUCGGGGUCUUGUUGGCUGAGCUUAUAUCUUCUUUGCCUGCUGUCGAUAUCACAAGACGGCGAAAUGAGAUUAAUUUGUCUACUAUGGCAAUAAAUAAGAUCCAAAAUCAUGCUUUGCAUGAAUUAGUUGAUAGUUCUCUUGGGUAUGAGUCUGAUUUUAACGUAAAGAAGGAAGUAACUGCAGUAGCUGAGCUGUGUUUUGAGUGCUUGCAGAGUACAAAAGACAUGAGGCCGUCGAUGAAUGAUGUGUUGAAAAGAUUAUUGAUUAUACAAGAUCAACAACGAAGUGAGGUUGACAGUGCAGAAGUAGUAGAUAUUCCAGCUGACGAUGUUCUUAUGUUAAAGGGAGAUUUCUCACCUAGUUCACCACUCAGGGAGGAAAACUUAGCUACACGGUAUAAGCCUAAUGCUAGUGUUUGAUUCUUACUUUCUUUUAUACUAUUACUAAUAAUUUGUAUGAGUAUCAAUCAGAAGAUGUGAUUAUAUACAUUAGGUAAUCGUAAGUUUUGUUAUUUGCCACAUUAUAUAAAUAUUAGAGGUUUUUUAUAUGUAUAUUAAUUGGAAGACUUUUUGGUUGAAAUAAUCGAUAUAUUAGU